GAAUUUUUUUUCUCUUUUGUUUCUGUGAUCCAGAUCUACAAAUAUAGAGGUUGGCAUCAUGCAGGAGAUCAAUGUGACAGUGUUUGUAGAGAACAGAGGAGAAAACUCAUACAACACACGCUUCACCCUCAGCUACCCCUUUGGACUUUCCUACAGGAGAAUCAUAUCUAAACAGGGCAGAGUGGAGUGUGUAUCUCUUGACAGUGAGCAAAAAGGUUCAUUUGGAGAGACCACCUGCCACAUCAGCAAACCCAUCCUCAAGGGAAACUCUCAGGCUGUGUUUCAUAUUACAUACAGCAUUAACAAAGAAAGCACCUUCGAUCAAAACGUCACAUUUACUGCCAGAAUCAACAGUGGGAAUGACCGACACUCUCAAACCAGUGAAUUAUUCAGAGAGAAAAGCAUUGGUGUAAAAUAUGCCAUCUAUAUUGCCUUAAUAAGACAUGAAGAUUCAACUCUCCACAUUAAUUUUACUGCGCAGAAAAAUGAUAUUGAUAAACCAGUCAAACAGAUACUAAAGGUUGAAAAUGACUUUAGAGAGCUAAGUUUCAAAGUUUUCAUCAGAGUACCAGUGAUGUUGGGAGAUAAAUCAAUCUGGACUAAUAAAAACAUAGAGAUUCCAGACUGUGUGAAACAGAGGGAUUUGCAGCCUGUCAUAACUGAUUUUGUCAAAGUAAUUAAAAAGGAUCAUGUGGUGAACUGCUCUGUGGCGGCGUGUGCCGAGUUCAGCUGUGACAACACUCUCAUAAAGAAUGAAAGGAAAUUUUAUAAUAUAACUGGCAAUGUGAGCUCUGGAUGGAUUGAGCAGACUGGACUCAGAGCUGCUGUUUUUCAGCUGGUCAGUUCAGCAUCUCUGGAUUAUGACAAGAGUAAAUAUGUUUUCUUUUCCUCUGACUCUCAACAAACUGCACCGUCUGUUCAGAUUAAUACUCAAGUGGAGGUGUAUGAGGAGGUGAAUCUGACUAAAGAGAUCAUUGGAGGUGUAAUAGGAGGACUGCUGCUACUGGCUGUCAUCACAGCAGCCCUUUAUAAGGCUGGUUUCUUCAAAAGCCAGUACAAGCAGAUGCUAGAGAAUGCAGAACAAAGCCCUGAAGAGGGGCCAAUCACACAAUAGACAACUAAACAAAAAUAACCAACCCCUUUAGAUCUGUCACAAUAGUGGUGUUUUAAAGAUUCAAAUGUGGCUUUACUUGCAAGUGAAACUGCCUUCCAGAACCAACUAUUUUAAUAAGUUAUGCUUGUAUGAUAAUCAUAAGCUUUCCGUUAACAAACUCUGUAAUGUCAUUAUUAAAUAAAAGGACCUGCUGCAAGGUUAAAUGUACUGAUUAAUUUAAUGGAAAAGA